CUGUGCAGAGAGGAGAGAACAGGGAUAGACAGACACAUAGUUGACAAGCUACAGAAGUGUUGUUUCUUGUAUUAUUGUCUCCUGUGUCUUUAGAGAACUGUUUCACUUUGAUAUCCUUUUUCUUCUGUCCUGAUUUUCACUUUCUUUUCUUCUGUUAACUAGAUAUUCUUGAACAUAGCAGAGUAUUCGUAUCUCACGUCUCUGUUCUUCUGCUUGGCAGUUUUGUAAUGAUGGGUCUACCAGGUCCUCCUGGCAGGGGUCUACCUGGGUCAAAGCAGGGUUCUGUGGGCCAGCCAGGUCCACUUGGUCUGUCAGGUAUCCCAGGAGCCCAAGGGGAGCCUGGGUUCCAGGGGCCAAUGGGCCCCCGGGGCCUCCAGGGGACAGCUUUCCAGGAGAAAAGGGGGAUUGGUGGAGACUGUGGGAGGAAAGGAGACAAGGGAGAAUUUGGAGAGCCAGGGUCUAUAGGACCCAUGACCUAUCUGUUGCCUUUGAUACUGUGAACCAUCAGAUCCUCCUCUCCACCCUCUCCGAGUUGGGCAUCUCCGGCGCGGCUCACUCUUGGAUUGUGUCCUACCUGACAGGUCGCUCC